AUGCCGACGGACGGCGUCAUUUCGGAGAAGGAGGACAAGCGAAGAAGAAGAAGAAGAUGGGAGGAGUUAGACAUGGACUGCUUAUCGAAGGUGUUUAACAGAGUUGGAAUGGAGUCACUGGUUUUGGCGGUGCCUUUUGUCUGCAAGUCGUGGUACAAAGCUAGCCUCAGUCCUUUAUCCUGGCAAGAGCUCUCAUUUCCAGAGUUAACGCGUUGUUCUUGGAGUUUCGAUGAUGAUGAAGCUCGGAGUUUCGGUACAUUUUAUGAUAAGUUUAUGGAUCAUUUUGGAAUCAAUAGGAGCAGUUUCUCAAUCACUGGUUUUGUGAAGUCUGUAGUCGACCGGAGCAAAGGGGGUGCUACCCUGCUCUGGCUGCCUGCAUUCUGUACAGAGGAAGCAUUGAGAUAUGUUUCAGAUGCGUGUCCUCUCCUCAAGUUUUUGGGUUUUGUCGAUGACUUGGUGCUUUUUAAGCAUUCGCAAGUUGUUCCGGAAGUGAUUGGGAAAUGGAAAUAUUUGGAGGUGUUGCAUUUGGGGGGCAGCUCGGUGCCUGUAAUGCAGCAGAUGUUGAUGGAGCUGAGAAAAGGAAAACGCUUUAGUGAACGUUUCAAGGCGAUGUUUGCGUCCGAAAGUCCUGACCGCUAUAAUGUUUUGGAGAGAAUCGUUGUGCAAAUUGGCGCUCACUGCAAAAGAUGUACGACUCUGAGUCUUUAUCAAGUCGAUCUUGGUCAAGUUGAGGCAUUGGCAAUUGUGAACUUGCUGCCAAACCUUCGGUGCAUAUCGGCAACAGGGUGUACCAUUGAAAGGGAUACUGUUGUCACAAUAAUGCGGGGAUGCAAAAAUCUUGGGCUUUUUCGUGCCAAUCAUUGUGGCGGUUUUGAAGAUAAUGAUGGAGAAAUAUCCAAGCUUGCUUCCAAGACUCGUCAUUUUGCAUGUGAGGGUUGUUCAGACCUUCCAGCCCGUGCUACUGCAUGGAGGAAGUAUGUUUUCAUCAGGAUUGGAUGGGAUAUUGUGGGAUGA